UAGGAAUAGAUCCAGAGAGAUAUAGUAAAAAGACGAAUAUAUAAUUAUCAGAUAACAACAAACUUCAGUUGUCGAUGUAAAAGCUUCGUGUCUUUGUCGGCUAUUAUUCCACUCUCGGUUCACUUAAGUAAUCACUGCCCAGACACAGAAGCAUUCACAAUACAUCAAAGAACCAAAGGAUGAAUUCUCUAGAGUCUGUGAUGGUUAAACUUAAGCAGCUUGCACCUCUUAGCUUAGCAGCUAGCUGGGAUAAUGUAGGCCUGCUGGUUGAGCCUUCACCACCCAAGUAUAUCAGUAAAAUUAUGCUGACCAACGAUUUGACCAGCGGUGUUAUGGAAGAGGCCAAAGAUAAAACUGUGGACCUCAUCAUCUCCUACCACCCGCCGAUUUUUACUCCUAUCAAGCGACUAACACAGGAUUCAUGGAAACAGAGACUUGUGGUGGAAUGUAUAGAAAACAGAAUAGCAUUAUUUUCACCUCACACAAGUUUUGAUGCAGUGAAAGAUGGAGUGAAUGACUGGCUCAUUUCUGCCUUUGAUUACAAGAAAGACACACUUGCUCCUAUAGAAGUAACAGAAGAGUUUCCUGAUGGUUUGACUCAUGCCUUAGAAAUUGAAAUCGACCCAUCCAAGUUAAAAGAAAUCCGCGAUCAAGUACUACUGUCACAGCUCCCAGCAGAGUCGCGGCUCAGGAAAAACAAAGAAGCAUUUAAGACACAUCCUGUUAAAGUUGGCUCGACUGAAACUCUAAAGCUGUGUGUGGAAUGCAACAAAUCUGAACUGACUAGUAUGAUGAAAGGAUUGACCUUGAACUCUUGCCUUGAACAUUUGAGCAUCAAACAGUUAAUGAAGGCACCAAGGACAACAACUGGUUUUGGCAGAAAAGCUGAGUUGUCUAACUCUAUUAGCUUGGAUGCUGCUAUAGAAAUGGUUAAAUCUCAUUUAAAAUUACAGCAUGUCAGUGUGGCAAAGUCCCAGAGUAAACAAACAGACAAGAUCGAGUCAGUUGCUGUUUGCGCUGGAUCAGGGUCAGGGGUCCUAGGGUCGGUGCAAGCUGACCUCUUGCUCACAGGGGAGAUGUCCCACCACGAGGUCCUGGACGCCGUCCACCGUGGAUGCAAUGUCAUCCUGUGCCACCACAGUAACACAGAGAGGGGGUACUUGAAGGUGGUCGAAGAAAAACUAAGCAAGUCAUUUGGUGAUUCUAUGCAAGUGUUUUUAGCUGAUUCUGACAGUGAUCCCCUUAUAGUGGUUUAAAAAUUAUGUGCCUAUAAGCCUUUAAUCUCAUAAUCUGCUUCCUUGUGAUCUCAUUGUAAUGCUGCUAAAAUGUUAACAAAGCUACCGAUAGAAUUUUAUGUUGUAAUACAUGCUAGACAUAAUGUUGGUUGUUGUGAUCUGCUGUGUAAUUUAGGGUGCGUAAGAAACUUUGUAUUUUGAUAAAUGGCUUCCUACAUGCAAUACUAUACCAUGGUUAUUUGUUCACCUUUAUGUAAAUGUUUUAUUGUUAUAAGUUUCUUAAUAAAUAAAUAAUUCAAACUUAGCACUGCCCUAAAUUUACUUUUGAAUAAUUUUUAUUGCAAGCUUUGUUAGUUACAUUCUUUUUAAAAUUCUUAUUGUUUUUUUUUUAUUAUUAUUAAAUUAAAUGCUUUUUUUCCAGACAAAAAAAAAACACUAAAAAUAAAAAGUAUCUUUAGAAAAAGGGUAUGCACUAACCACAUUACUAAGGGAAUCUCAGUGUUUUACUAUGUUUCUACACAUUGAAGAAAACACUGUUAUACAGAGAUAUCACAUGUAAAAUAUUCUACACAAAAUCUUGGCUUGUGCAUACCUUUUAUGUUUAAAAAGCUAUUUGUCCAGAGAAAAUAAACAAUUUAUUUAUACAA